AUGCUUAGUAUCUCCAAGGUCCAGACGGAUGUCCCAGUAUUGAUGUGCACAUCCAAACAACCACCAGUAGCCACAUUUGGAUGCUUGGACCAGGAAUCUGACCACGAACUAGUGUUGAACAACGCCUUCGGCACGCUUAUCGAGCGGUUGCGGGCCGUUUUAGGCCAAAGCAAAGGAUUGGCUUCAGAUGAUAUCGAUAUCGGCCACAUUAAGCAAAUCAUGGAGGAGUACCAGUCCGACGAGUCCGAAUGGGGUAAGUUUGCAUUGGGAGAUGCCACGAAAGGCUACACGAGGAACGGUGUGGUGAACAUCAACGGAAAUGCAAAUCUUCUUAUCUUGGUAUGGUCCCCUGGAAAGGGCAGUGCCAUCCACGACCACGCAAACGCACACUGUUGCAUGAAGAUCCUCAAGGGAGAGCUUCUGGAGUCAUUGUAUGAUGUUCCCGAAUCCGAGGGCCAUGAGAUGGUACCUAGAAAGGUAACGGUGAUGACUCAAAACGAGGUGGGGUACAUUUCCGACAAGAUAGGCUUGCACAAAAUCUCUAAUGCCUCCAACAAGGACUUCGCCGUGUCGUUGCACUUGUAUACGCCUCCAUAUGCGUCGCUUUAUGGGUGUUCCAUGUAUGAGUCACGCACUGCUGUCAAGCACCAUGUGAACAUGAGCAAGUACUAUAGUUGGCAGGGCCAGUUGGUGAAUGCGAAGGAAGCAUCCACAUGCUAA